UGUGCUUGCUAGAUUCCCGAGGAUCUCUCUGCCUUUCCCUUGGCUUGCCUUGCCUGAUUUGAUUGCCUCAUCCGACUCCGCCUCCUCUUCCUCGGCAUCUCUCGAUCUGCUUCCCCCUCCUCGACGAAACCCUAGCAGAGCCGCAGAGCCUAGGAGGAGCAUCUGGGUAGGCUAGGCGGGAGCAGCAGCAGCAGCAGCCGUGCUCUCAUGGCGGCGCCCAAACCCAUCUGGGUGCGGCAGGCCGAGGAGGCCAAGCUCAAGUCCGAGGCCGAGACCGCCGCCGCCGCCAAGGCCGCCUUCGACGCCACCUUCAAGGCCCUCACCGCUGCCUCCGCCGCGUCCGGCGACGACGACCAGGAACCGGAUCCCGCCCCGCCCUCCCCUGCAGAAGCCGCCUCCCCGGACUCCGACGACGACGCCCCGACCCCACUCGGCCCGGUCGACCCCUCCGAGUGCUCCGCCGCCGGGCCUGGCAUCGCCGGCGGCUCCGCGGGGGCUCCGGCGACCCUCACCGUCAUCGCCAAGGACCGUCACGGCCGUAGGCUCACCACCGGCGGCGCGCGCGUGCGUGUACGUGUCUCCCCCGCCGCGGGUGUCGGUGGGGACGACCUCGAGGGCGCCGUCAAGGACAACGGCGACGGCUCCUAUGCCGUCACCUACGCCGUCCAAAAGCGCGGCAACUACAUGGUGCACGUCGACCUCGACGGCGCCCCCGUCAUGGGCAGCCCCUUCCCCGUCUUCUUCAGCGCCUGCACCGCCGCAUCCUCGGCAGCUUUCCCCAACGCCCUCCCCACCGUCACCUCCGCCUACCCCAACAUGGUUAACCAGACCAUGCCCAACAUGCCCAACUACACAGGCGCGCUUUCUGGCGCCUUUCCCAGCCUACUUGGCCUCAUCCCUGGUUCCUCCACCGGUUCCUCUGGUGGAAUCGUCCUGCCGGGGGUCGGUGCCUCGCUGGGGGAGAUAUGCCGGGAGCAUGUCAACGGUAAAUGCGCAAAGGCGGACACCGACUGUAAGUUCAGCCACCCGCCGCAGCAGCUGCUGAUGUCCGUGCUUGCUGCCACUACGUCUGUUGGUGCCCUUGGCCAUGCGCCCAUGGCGCCCUCUGCAGCUGCCAUGGCAGCCGCACAGGCCAUCAUGGCUGCUCAGGCACUGCAGGCACAUGCGCAGAUGGAGGCCAAUUCCAAGGCCACAAGAGAGGCUUCAGGCUCAAUGGAUAAAGCUGAUGUUCUGAAGAAAAUUGUUCAAAUUAGCAACCUGAGUCCACUUCUUACGGUGGAUCAUAUUAAGAAGCUAUUUGGGCACUGUGGUAAAGUUGUUGAUUGUACCAUAACAGAUUCAAAGCACAUUGCUUAUGUAGAGUACUCCAAACCAGAAGAAGCAACUGAAGCAUUACAACUCAAUAACGUGGAUGUUGGUGGUCGCCCAUUGAAUGUGGAGAUGGCUAAAUCUCUUCCUCCCAAAACUAAUUUGGGUAAUAGUAACUUGCCUAUGAUGAUGCAGCAAGCUGUUCAGUUGCAACAGAUGCAAUUCCAGCAGGCGCUAUUGAUGCAGCAGACAAUAGCAGCCCAACAGGCUGCUGCACGUGCGGCCACCAUGAAAUCUGCCACUGAAGCAGCAGCAGCAAGGGCUGCUGAGAUAAGCAAGAAGUUGAAGGCAGAGGGUUUUGGUGGGGACAAUGUGGAAGAAAAGGAUGCAAAAGGGAAGUCAAGAUCACCAUCACCCUCUACUCGAAGAUCAAAAUCUCGGUCAAGGUCACCUAUCAAGUACCGUAGGAGCAGGCGAUCUCGCUCCUACUCCCCCCCAGUUAGACACUCCAGGGAUCACCGAUCACGGUCACCGUCAAGAUCUCGCCACUUAAAGUAUGGUAGUGAUCGAUUGCAUAGGGAUGAUAGGGACAAGUAUAGCAGGUCUGGAAGAAGAGAGAACGACCGAUCGCGUGAUCAUGAUUCAUCUAGUUCAAGGAGAAACAGGAGCAGAAGUAAAAGUCCAAGGCAUAAGAAGCCCUCCAGAGUUGAUUCUCGGUCACCCAAGCAACAAAGAGAAGAAAGUUUAAGCCCAUCAAAAUCAAGGUCUGCUCGGGCUGGUUCAAGAUCACCACGACACCAUAAGGGAAGCAAAUCAUCACCAACUCGCGACCAUCGUUCUUCUCGUCGUAGCAGGCAUUCAGGAUCCAGAUCUCCUGAGAGAAAGCAUCGUCACAGUGAUAAAAAGGACAGCAGAAAGUCCGAGAUACAGGAUGAUAAAAGAAGAUCACAUAGAGGUAAUAGAGGUGACAAAGAUGAAAGGUCUGUAAAGGAUCCAGUGGAAAGAUCUCAUAGAGGUAAUAGAGGUGACAAAGAUGAAAGGUCUGUAAAGGAUCCAGUGGAAAGAUCUCAUAGAGGUAAUAGAGGUGACAAAGAUGAAAGGUCUGCAAAGGAUCCAGCGGAAGAUAAAAAGGUGGAUACUUCUGCGGUUGCUCAUAAGAGGAGCUCAACAGUAUCUGAAGAUGAAAUUCUGAACAACAGUAAUAGUAACCAUAAGAAAUCUAGACAUGAAGCUGGUUUGGAAUAUGAUGAAGGGAAGGAUGUGUGCUCUGCUGUAGCUGACCUUAAUGGGCAACUUGGACCUGGAAGAGACAGCGCAUUAGGGGGCACUGGAGAGUCUGCUAUAUGAUAGUGACCACAGUAUUUACUUGGCUUCUGUAUCAUUCAGUUGGCUGACCACAGAAUCACUUGAUUGAUGAUGAUGCAGAAUGCUGAGCUGGUGUUUGUUAUCUUCCUUUCUGAUUUAGGAGUUUUAUUUGCAGGAUAUGAAGAUCUUUGAAGAACUUGAGUGCUGUUCGGAGUGUUCAUCUGAUAUAUUAAAAUCUAUUCCUCAUCAACUCAACUGAUGGAGAUUCACUCCUUGAACUUCUAAUUGUAACACUGAAGCUUGUAAGGUGAUUUCAUACAGUGAGGUCAAAACCAACCAUAUAUUUGUCAUUUCAGGCUCAUGAUACCAUGGCGAGUUGGAGCUUGUAUCUGGGAUGUUGAUUGAAGAUUCAAUGGAGUACACACUUACUCAAGUAAAGUCCAUAUACAAGACUGUAAACAACUUAUCUUCUAGGCUAUGUUACAUUUCAGCUGGAAUGCUUUGGCUAGUUAAAUGGUCUAAAUAUGUUCCUCUGCAUACUGUAAACGUCUUCUGAAUUCUGAUGCACUUAGUUCGCCUCAAGUACUUUUUUGUUGCAUAUGAUUAGUACUACGUGUAUCUUGUAUCAGUAAUGGUUCGAAAAGUUCGAUAUGCUUAACCAAUA